GCCCAUUUUCCCUGCGGCAGAGUGGUUUUAGUUGGUAUAUUUCAUCUGAUCAGAAAAUCACAAUUUACCCAACAUUAAAGAUUGAUACUUUAAUUAUUUCCAUAUUUAAGCUUGUGAAAAUGAUAGACAUUCAUGUAAAAUGUCAAAGUAUCCAGAGUAAUAAGGUAUAUAACAUGUAUUUUAAAACGUAUAGAGCACUCAUGACAGCAG